AACCCAAUGGAACAGUUGAGGUCAAGACCAGCAUAGAAAACACUAGAGAUUGCGCUAAGCGUAUCAUCGUGUUGGAUUUUACAUUCCCGGAUGGCAUUCAGAUGAUGCACCAUCCGUCCCCGGGAAACCCGAUAACAGGCUGCACGUUCAAAGGAUGCUUGAGGUUGAACUAUGAGGGCGAGCUGCUAUGUAGAAUGUUAAAGGCAGCAUUUAGGAGAGGGUUGAUGUUCAUGUUGGGGAAGGAAGGAAAAGUUGUUUUGAAUGGCGUCUCAUUGUAUGAUGAUUAUGUGUAUACUCACGGAGGGCGGUGUCGUUAUUCUCAAUACAAACAGUCGUUGGAAGUGGUGCUUGCAUCCAAAGGCAUCACAGCGGCGAACGUAGUUGAGACGGGCAGCCUGGAAGAGACUUUCGCUGUUGAUGCUGCACGCAGUUCAUAAGUACGAUGAUAGCUGAGUUUGCAGACUAGUUAAUAACAGAGGCGAAUGCAGAACUUGAAUAUUGAAAAGAGAUGUUCACGGUCGUCUGUCUGUUGUUCGAGGUCGUAUGUAGUGGAUUUUUUUUUCAAAUACUUGGUUUUGAAAUAGUUUAAAUGAAUAUUAAUCCAUUACGUGUGUAACCUAGAAUAAUUUAUACAAAUAUUUUGAUUUGUGUGAAUUGUUUCUAGGGUGAUUUAACUGUUUCUGUGGUGAUAUUCUUUUUGUUAAAAGUGUUUAGUGCAUGUAAGGUCAAAACGUGUUGAUUGUACGUUUUGUGUAUCUAGUGUAUUUUAGGACCUAGCUGUUUGCCUAUUCAGAGUUUUUGUUCAAUUGUGUGACCAUAAGACUUGGCCCUGAAGUUUGCAUUGUAUUAGUACAAUUAGAUAAAGAGAGAUUUCGUGUUAAAGUGAAACUUGUGGUAGCAUUACACUAGAUGAAAAGUUGUAGAUUUGUUAUGUUACAAACAAGCUAAGGACAAUCAUAUUAUAAGUAUCAACAUUUUCAAAGAUAUUUAUUGAACAAUGUGUUUUAUGUAUACAUAAUUUGUUAUACUAUAUGCAGUGCAUGUAUUCAUUUGUAUAUGACUUAAACAAAACGUCAAUUCUCUAGGAACGAUGUUUUUA